AUAAGAGAUUUCAAUGUUGCGGAAAGAGAGGAAGAUAUUGGCUACUUUGCAGGUUAUGUGGGAUCUGCAUUUAUGUUUGGAAGAGCUUUGACUUCUGUCUUUUGGGGAGUUGUAGCUGAUCGAUAUGGUAGAAAACGUGUAAUAAUGAUAGGGACUAUUACAAUGGUUGUUUUCAACACCCUCUUUGGCUUCAGUACAUGCUUUUGGAUGGCAGUUGUCAUGAGGUUUCUUCUUGGAAGCAUGAAUGGUUUUCUUGGACCAAUAAGGGCAUAUGCUUCUGAAAUAUGCCGUAAAGAGCAUCAAACUCUAGGGCUGUCAACUGUUAGCACAUCAUGGGGCAUAGGCUUGAUUGUAGGUCCAGCUCUUGGAGGCUUACUGGCACAGCCAGCAGAAAAAUAUCCGAAUUUUUUUUCUAAAGAAUCUCUAUUUGGAAGGUUUCCGUACUUAUUACCUAGCCUUGCUAUAUCAAUCUUUGCAACGGGAACAACUAUUCUUACUUUUUGGCUUCCGGAGACAUUGCAUAUGCAUAAUGAGGAACAUACAGAAGGGCAUUGCACAUUUGAUGAUAUGGAGAGUCCAUCGAAUUUGUCUGAUGCAAAAGAGAAAUCUGAAGAAAUUAAACAAGAACCACCUUCUAAGGAGAGCCUCUUAAAGAAUUGGCCACUAAUGUCAUCUAUUAUUGUAUUUGGUGUUUUCUCACUUCAUGAUAUGGCCUAUACAGAGAUCUUCUCUUUAUGGGCUGUCAGUCCAAGAAAGUUUGGAGGAUUGAGCUAUUCAACUAAGGAUGUUGGUGAAGUUCUUGCAGUCUCAGGAUUUGGGCUUUUAAUAUUUCAACUUUUCAUAUAUCCAUCGGUUGCAAAUGUUCUUGGUCCCAUGAUCGUGUGUCGCAUUUUAGCGGUGUUAUCCAUACCGUUGCUGUCAAGUUACCCCUUCAUAGCCAUGCUAUCUGGGUCUGGCCUUGCGAUUUUGAUAACAUGUGCAUCUCUGUUGAAGAAUGCUUUUUCUGUGUCCAUUACGACAGGAUUGUUCGUCCUGCAAAAUAAUGCAGUGACUCAACAUCAAAGAGGUGCUGCAAAUGGAAUCUCUCUGACUGCAAUGUCUCUUUUCAAAGCAGUUGGUCCAGCCGUAGGAGGUGCAAUCUUUUCUUGGGCGCAAAACCGUCAAGGGGCUUCCUUCCUGCCAGGUGACCAUAUGGUUUUCUUUAUACUAAAUGUGAUCGUGGGGAUUGGACUGCUAAUGACGUUCAAACCAUUUCUUGCUCAGCCCAGUACAUAGACAAAAAUUAGGCUCUAAUCAUACCUGUACAACAAAGAUCCAGCCUGAGAU